UGCUCACGGCUAACGCACGCCGAGCAUCACAACAUUUCAAUUACCACCACCACUACGUAGCAAGGUGCCAAGGACUGAUUGUCCGCGGACCGAGGCUGAAUACAAUGGGCAGCAUGUUCGAUGAGAACCCUAGUAUCGUCCAAGACGGACCGCCAGAACAUACAAUCACGCCAUGGUCCAAGAAGCCGACGCCACUGGUGCUCAUCCACGACGGCGGCGGCACCAUCUUCUCCUACUACUGCCUCGGCGACCUGGGCCGGCCCGUCUUCGGGAUCGCCAACCCGAGCUAUCAAUCGGGCGAGCCCUGGAAGGGCGGCAUCCCGGAGAUGGCGCGGCGGUACCUCGAAUUCGUCAAGUCGGCGGUGCCCCGCGGCGGCGACGUCAUCCUCGGCGGAUGGUCCAUGGGCGGGCUCAUCUCGCUCGAGAUGGCACGGCAGCUGGCCGACGAGAGGGACGACUGUCAUCGGCUGCACCUGCUCGGCAUCGUCAUGGUCGACUCGGUCUACCCGCACGCCCUGGCCGCGCCGUUCAUGAAGGUCGUGCAGCACGCCAUCAAGUGGUCGGAGCACACCCGCCAGGAGACCAAGGACCGCGUGAUGCGCUGCUUCUCGGAGGCGCAUAGGAUGGUGCGGGAGUGGAUGCUGCCCGCGUGGGGGGCGGCGGACGAAGAAUCAAAGGGCGCCACCGCCACCACCACCAUUGGGCAGAAGACAGAAAAGGGGCAACAGAACGGAUUGCGGCCGACGACGGCUUGGGCAACAACAAGUCUUGCUCCGCGGCCACCACCGGUCGUGCUGCUCCGGGCGACAGAUCCCGUUCCGCUCCCCGAAGACGUGCAAGACGGCGCCAACGUCAACGUCAACGUCAACGCGGUGGAUAUCAACCGCCGAGACCCGCUUCUUGGUUGGGGAAAGUAUCGGCAGGAUUUGAUAACCAAGGUCAUGGAUAUCCCCGGGCAUCAUUUCAGUAUCUUCCAUACCGAGGAGACGCUGGAGACGACAACGGACGCGAUAAAGUGGGCGUGUCGGGAACUGGAGGUUAUGGCCAUGAACGGCAAUCACUCGCUUCAAUAAGAGCUUUCUUGGUUUUACAUGUGAGGUUGGAUAGGCCAGGGAGAGAUAAGAGAGCAAUUAGAGAAAGCUGGGCCACACUUAUGCGAAACGGCUUACCUAGGUAUCUUAGAUAACAGUCCAUUUCAGGCCAAUAGUUAAGUCACCUAUUAACCUGUGAUCCAUCCAUUUAUCUGAGUACGUACACCUUGCAGUGUAUAAGAUAGAUACUGACAAAGAUAUGCCGGAUAUAAAAUCAAACCACUGACAGCAUAUGUACUCCGUACCAGGGAGUUAGUUGCACUGUUCAAAUGCGGAUACUACUCGUGUUACGUACAGGUUUUCCAUACUGCCUAUCUUGUUCCAAACAGCGUUGGCAGACAUCAAGCAGAUCAGAAGCCACAUAAGUUAGUAUAAGAGAAAUACCCAGAAGCUGGCACCGGACACAAGUUGAAAACCGCCUAACUGCUCAAUUGAACAAAUAAAUUUUCAUUUCAGCCACUCAAACAGA